GCUCAAUACUAGUAAAGCAUGAGCUUCUAGAGCUCUUGGAGCUUCCGAUGGUCGCCUUAGCAAUCGCUCAAACGUGAAGAGUCGGAGCUGACCCGGUGGUUCGUGCAAAGUCACGUGCGUCGAAUCACAGCUCAUCUGAUUGGCCAAUUCGCUUGCCCGGAUGGAUCCGUCCUCCAACUUCGACCCAAAUCAGCCCAUCCUCACAAAUCCCUCGACAACACCUCUUCCCAGCCCAUCCCGAAUCAUCCUCAAAGCUUCGACCCCAUCCGACCGACCGGCGAAUUCUCAACCAUCACAAUGUUUUUGCAACGCUCCGCCAUCGCCGCGGCCCGCCGCGCCGCCGUCUCCCCCGUCGUCGCUCGCACCUUCACCACCUCGUUUGUCCGCCGUGAGGCUUCCAAGCCUGCCACCCCCAAGGAGCAGGCCGCUGCCCUCGCCGGCUCUGCCGACAAGAAGGUCGGCGCCUACAAGACUCUGAAGGAGGUCCGUGGCGAGGACGACCUCUUCGGUCCCGGUGCCCAGCCCGGUACCGUCCCUACCGAUCUCGAGCAAGCCACCGGUCUGGAGCGUCUGGAGAUUCUCGGUAAGAUGGAGGGUGUCGAUAUCUUCGAUAUGCGCCCUCUCGAUGCCACCCGCCUCGGCACCAUGGCUGAGCCCAUCGUCGUCCGAUCCGCCGGUGAGGAGCAGUUCGCUGGUUGCACCGGUUUCCCCGCCGACUCUCACAACGUUCACUGGCUCGGCCUCACCCGCGAGCGCCCCAUUGAGCGAUGCCCCGAGUGCGGCAGCGUCUACAAGAUGGACUACGUCGGCCCCGAGGAUGACCACCACCACCACCACCCUCCCGAGUUCGAGGAGCCCAAGACCUUUGCCGAUUACAUCAAGCCCGAGUACCGAUACCGAUAAAUGCAUUGCGCCGAGUGCCAUUGAAGGAAUGGGGCUGUUGUAUCAGUGAAAACUAGAUGGAUGUGGAUAGUGCCCUGGGGAGAGGUGUUGUUUUGUGUAGAUUAGGGUGCUUAUUCCCUGUGUCAAUUUACUAGCUUCCAGAAGUUGAUGUUGACAGUAAUUGGACUGCGUGUAUUGUG